UAUAAAAAAAUACAACUAUUCGUACAAAAACGAUUAUUAAUUUUUAAGAUUUAAAACUAUAUAAAAAUAUUAGCAUCAUAUAAAAAUUUAAUAGAUAAAUUUAUUAGAAAUGCAGCAUGGAAUUAUUGUUUUUAUUUAUUUUACUCACUUAGUGCAUGUGUUGACAUUAGAUCCAAAAAAUACGAAAAGUAAUCAUUUAGAAUAUGUCAUUGCAGUAAUAGAUUAUAUUCGUGUACAAGAAGGAUGGAAUUCAAUUAAACAUUUACAGCUGAAUCAUAAUGAGAACAGAAACAUUACAAUAGGAAAUGUAUUUUCACAAAAUGUUGACAGAAGUAAUAUUUUAAAUAUGUUUAGUAUUGUUGUUCAUUUACUUAACUACAAAUAUACUGAGAUAUUAAGAAGUUAUGUAGAACUCGUUACUUUAAGUAUAAAAGAGUGUAAAAUUUAUUCAAUAGCUUAUUUAUUAAGUGAAUAUAUUGAUUGUACUCAACGUAUUGAACAAAAAGUGAAAAAUUCAUUCAUAAUGUUUGAAAAUUUGUACCAAGUAAUGACGUUUAUGAGUUAUUUUGAUACAAAAUGGUUAUUCAUAAAUAUUUCAGGAAUCCCAUUCGUAAUGGUAGAAGAAAUUUAUUUUGCAUAUCAUUAUACAAACACUAUGAAAAUUUCUGAUAAAUCAUUCUUUAUUGACCAGAGUGGAAGUUUUAUACUUGAUAAUGCGACAUCAGUACUUUCAAAUAUUAAAAAUUUUAUUGAUCAACUAUAUUUAAUGUUGGAAAAUAAUGAAAGCAAAAAUUAUAUUUUGUCUGAAUUCCCCGAAUCAAUAAACUAUCAAUUUUGUUUUGAAGAGCAAUAUUUACAUUACAAAUCAGUAAAUUCUAAUACAAGGGCUAUAGAUGUGGUGUUAAUGAUGCUAGAUUCAUUAUACAAUAACACCAUUAAAAAUGACUUCGAAUGCCUUGGCUUUAAAGAAAUAAUUAAUCCGUUAUUAUACAAGUGUUAUUCAUUAUACGUACCUCUUACUUCAUUAUAUUGUAUUUCAAAUGAAUUGGGAAUAUUAAAUAUGAAUAUUUUACUAAAUGAGGGUAACUGGAUGACUUUGAAAUAUCUAUAUAUUAAACAUAAUGAUCAAUUAUUAAGUGCAAACCGUGUGCUUAGAGAUCAAGCAAAUAGUAUCAAUUUUCAUCUUAAAAAACAGUAUUUCACUCAACUAUUUAGGUGUAGAUUUUAUGACCUAUUAAAAACAUUUAAUUCACAUUUAUGUGGAACUUUGGAUUUGUGUAAAAAAGAAAGAACUAACAUUAAAAAAUGGAAAAACUCAAAUAGAUACAUUGAAUGUUUAAAACAUUUUUACAUGAUUACUCGAAGUAUUCAGAACUUUUUAAAACAUUUAAAGAUGGCAAUGGACAAAUUAAAAAAAGCAAAUAUUUGGCAUGAUAACGGAUCACAUUAUUGUUUAUCACCAAUAAAAAAUAUAGUAGAAAACAUACUUUACUGGAUACAAGAAAUAAACUUAUUACGAUAUGAGUUUUCUCAUUCUGAGAGUUUAAAUUUGAAUGAAAUAGCAGAUGAUUAUCUAAAAAGAGCUCAAUAUGUGAAAAUAUCCUUUUUGGAAGUUUUUCAUAAUGUAGCUAGAGUUCAUAAAAAUCAUUGCUUUUAUAUUGAAAAACCCACUCAUUUAAAAAAUUAUCUCUUAGAGACUAGCAAUACAAAUGUAGAUUCUACAAAUUAUUCUAUUCCAACUAUUAUUUCUAAUACCAAUUAUCAACAGGCUUGUGUGGAAUUUGAUAGGUUUUGUGAAUAUUUCAUUAGAGUGGAAUAUAAUAAUCUUGGAUUUGAUAAUCCUAAGUUGAUUUCUAAGUCGAAAAUAAUUAAUUGAACUUAUUUUAUCUAUCAUAUAUUUUAAAAUGUUUGAGUGCUAUGGAGUUAAUAUUGUUAUAAGUUAAUACUAUUGAUAGAAUUUAAGAAAUUGUCAAAUUAAUUUAGUUU